ACCAGGCGCACUUUCACUCACUGCCUGUUCUUCUCAUCAGACACAGCAUGUGCACGGGAAAGUGUGCUCGCUUCCUGGGGCUCUGCCUCAUCCCUCUGUCCCUGAUCAGUAUCAUCUCCAACGCCCUUCUGCUGGUGCCUAAUGGGGAGAAAAACUGGACAGAUCAUCUCAGCACGCACGUCUGGCUCAUGGCUGGCUUCAUCGGCGGGGGCCUGAUGGUACUGUGUCCAGGAAUUGCAGCUGUUCGGGCAGGGGGCAAGGGAUGUUGUGGUGCAGGCUGCUGUGGAAAUCGCUGCAGGAUGCUGCGCUCAGUCUUCUCCUCAGCCUUUGGGGUGCUUGGUGCGAUCUACUGCCUCUCAGUGUCGGGAGCAGCGCUCCGUAUGGGGCCAAAUUGCCAAACAGAGAAUGGCGGCACCUGGCACUACCCCUUCAAGAACACAGAUGGCUCUUACUUGGUCAACCGCACUCAGUGGAGUUUGUGCUUGAAGCCGCCUAAUGUGGUCUUCUGGAAUGUGACGCUCUUCUCAGUGCUGGUGGCCGUCUCGUGCCUGGAGAUCGUGUUUUGUGGCGUGCAGCUGGUGAACGCGUCCAUCGGUGUCUUCUGUGGCGAUUGCCGGAAGGAGGCUGCUCGUCACUGAGGCUCCACUGACUGCCCCAGCUAGUUCCUGGUCGCCCACUUGUCCCCCUCCCGCCCCCCACUCGGGAAUAAACUGGU